UCAUAAAAAGGAAUCUGGAAUUGAAAAAAAGAAGAAGGGCUCAGAGUGUCGGACAUCCAGCUACGACCGGCGAAGUUACUUACAAAGUUCGUUGAUAAAAUAACUUUGGUGGAACUUAGCGACAGUGGCAACUUAGCAGCAAUGAAAGUUUCCAAUUCGCACACUGAUUAGCAACUAAUCAACUGAUGGAGUACAAAUUGAUUCAAAUAAAUCGAGACCUACUCGCAUUGAAUGAAACUUGUUACACUACAUUUCAGUAUUGUAGACAUCAGUGGUUUUAUGCUGUGAUUUUCACAGAUAUUUGUUUUAGAAGAUGACGCGAAAAUGCGUUCUUUGCAAGGGAACGAACUACAAACGAACCUUCAGCUUUUUUUCUGCCCCAAAAGAUCUAGAGACGCGCAAAAAAUGGCAGCAAGUUAUUCCCAUCGCCGAUUACACAGUCACUGAUGACACUUACAUCUGCAGCAAACAUUUCAAACCGUCUGAUAUAAUCACACAUUGGGUCAGUGGUGUACCACCUCACGUUGUACGAAUAAAGUACAAAAAGUUCAGAUUGCGAGUUGGAGCAGUUCCAUGUUUAAGUAUCAAAGAAAAUGAUGAUUCGGGAAAUAUGCUUAUACCUGAUCAAUCUGGGUUACAUGAUAAAUUGAUCAGCGAUGAGGUCGAUUUUCUGAUACCAAGAAAAAAUUACAAAGAGUCUGUAUCAAUUAAUUCUCAUGUCAAUGAAUCUAGUUUUAAUUAUUCCAAUGAAGCGAACUUUGAGAAAUCCAAUAUCAUCGAUCAGAGACAUGUGCUCUUUAGUCAGUUGGAGCGAAUCGAUGAUUAUAUAAAUGAAAACAGAAUACACAGUUCAGAUGAUGGUCACAUACAGAAAUCUGCAGACUCGAUAAAAGACACGGAAUGUGGUCAAACUGAUAAUUAUUUCAUGUUUGACUAUAAGCAUGUGUACAAAGACAAAAGCGAGACAUCAAUUAUUGUCGAUAAGUUACAAGAGAAAAAUGAAAAUUCUAAAAGAAAUCUUAUGGCUCAUUGUAUUCAGCUGGAACAGAAUAAGGAAGUUGUGAAAGAGGAAUUAAUAAUAGAAGAUUCGCUAAAGUUUUACAAUGAACAUCACACAGAUGAUGAUUGUGUGAAAGAUGAUAAUAAGACGGAAAGAAGACGAGAGAUUGAAGCUUGUUUCGUCACAGAAACAUUGAAAUUCCCUGUCGAUAAAGAAUGUAGCGACAAAAUGUCUAACUCUGUACUAAACGAAACAAUGCUGUUCGAAGAUUUUCUUGAAAUUUACACAGAAGUUACACUGCCGCGAGGCUGGUCCUUUCUUGUAACUUCGAAAGGACAUGCAACAACUGUUGUUUACCUUUACAUGAAUUUUUCAAUGAAUCACACACCCGUUGUGAACAAAACAGUGCACAUAAGAAGCGACAUGAUAAUGCACUGCAGUGUCAGCAGCAGAAAAAUAAAUCCGUUCCUUCAUAAUCUUGUGAGAAAUGGCAAAAGCAACAAAGUCUAUACUUUAUCUGAUAUUGAGGAACUUGUCGACGAAUUGGAUCAGCGGCAUAUCUGUGAAGGGGGUCCGAAUGUUCAAGACUUUGGAGAUAUUAGAAUGGGAAUUGCAUUUAUGGAUACAGUGAAAUGGAGACACAUGGAAUGUCCCCUCAUCAUGAACAACGAGUCUUCACAAUGCUCAAAAUGUGCAAGUCUAAACGUCGCCUUUGCGCAGAGGAAGAAUAGGGAGCCUGUCUACAAUAUGCUUCUGAACAAACAAAAGGAAAUUGAAAAGUUGAGGAGAUCGUUGAAGAAAAUAACCAGGCACAAUCGUCGUCUGGACGAAAUUCGGUUCAAUUUCAAAAACAGACUGAAAUCACUCCUAACAGGUUCAAAACAAAAUAUCGGCGGUAGAAUCAUACCAAAAAUUCAAGAAUUGAUGAUUCAGGAGCGCCUCAGAUCGAAUUUGGUUAGGAGUUGAAAACAAAUAGUGAUU